AUGAAUUCUUCUGGAUCUUCCAACGAACUUCCACAAAACAAUAGCUCUCUAACAGAUCCUCUCCUAUCUUCACGAUUCAAAAGGCUUUUUGAACAUUUUCAGCAGCAGGUUAAACAACGCAGCUCUAAAAAAUGUUGGGCAGAGAAAAGUUCGCAAAAAGAGCAGCAUAUACCACACAGUAGAUGUUUCGGAGGAUUGCGUCCUCAGUCGUAUAAAAUUUUCGAAACAAGUAAAGAGUGA